AUGCAGAUCAACAGCGACAGGCCCGACGUGGCCAUCGAAGUGGUCCAGGAUGGCACCAACGUGGCGCCAGGGUACAACGCCUACAGCGUCCGCGUCUACUUCGACGCCGGCAACGCCAGCGGCCCCGUCCUUUACACUCCCGUCGUUGGUUAG